GUCUCCUUGGGGUGUUCCCCAGGUCCCCAUGCCGGCAGGAUGAUGCUGGUCCCCGUCGUGGUGCUCUGGGCUCUGGCUCCGUUCCUCAUCCAGGCAGCUACUGACCAGCCCCCCGUCACCCUCACGGCGUCCCCCGGUGAGGACGCCUGCCUGCCCUGUGGCACCCAGCCCUGGGGACACCUACGGGGGGUCACCCUCACCUGCACCCACCAGGCUGGAGACCACCACCCCGUCCUCAUCCUCAGCCACCUCCUGGGCUGGCAGCCCCCCCAGGAGCCGGGCUGGCACCCCACGCAGGAGCCCGAGAGUCGGUUUAGGGGCAGGGUGGCCUUCUGCACGGCAGGACCAGGGGACACCGGUGUGUCCCUGCUGCUGAGGAACCUCAGCCAUCCCGAUUUUGGGAAUUAUUCCUGCUACGUGGCCACCAACGCCAGUGAUGUCCCACAGCUCCUCUGCAGCCUGGUGCUGCAGCCCGACGGGGCAGGACCAGGGGACACCGGUGUGUCCCUGCUGCUGAGGAACCUCAGCCAUCCCGAUUUUGGGAAUUAUUCCUGCUACGUGGCCACCAACGCCAGUGAUGUCCCACAGCUCCUCUGCAGCCUGGUGCUGCAGCCCGACGGGGCAGAGGUUUUGAAAGAUGCGGAGCCAGACAUGAUCAUGGUGGUGUGUGUCCUCACCGCCGCCUUCACCACGGUGGCCAUCGGGGUCGUCAUCUGCUGCCGCUGCGGGAGGCGGUGCUGCGGGCACAGAGAGCCACUUUCUGCCAUUGUCAUGGGAUCUGGGGACGAUGGUGCCGGUGGGAAGGAGACAAAUGUCACUGUCACUAGGGAGAGCAAGUGA